AUGGCUAAUCAAGAAGUUAAUCGUCAUGCCCCGGGAGAUAUUCUGUUUCUAGACCGGGGAGAUGGGAAUACAGCACUCGUACAUCUUCAUGGUGCAACGUUACUGUCAUGGAAGUGUAGAGGCAUUGAGCAUCUUUAUCUGAGCCAGACUGCCGUGUUUGACAACAAGAAAGCUAUUCGCGGAGGAGUUCCUGUUGUCUUUCCAAAUUUUGGCCCAUGGCCCUUGGGUCCCCAGCAUGGAUUUGCAAGAAUCAAAAGAUGGACUUCAGCUAUACCACCUACUAAGCAUGCUUGGAGUGUUAAAGAGGAGGAACAAGAAGAGACUAAACCCCCAGAUGAAAACCUAGAGAUCAAGUCACUGAAGCAGUCUGAUAUUUACCUGAACACUAUUCUGGCAACUCCUGCAGUGUCAUUGAUCCCUAAUUGUACAUACACAGCUUCUUUGGACACAUACCCCACGGAAUCUCAAUGGUGUGAGAUCAGGAGACACUAUAAAGAAAGUGGAACAGAUUUACAUCUGAACCAUA